GGGUGGGGGGUGCCUGUCCCCGGCCCUUCGACCCGGGCCCCCCGCUCCUCGCCCGGUGCCGGGCCGAGGCGGCCGCCGCUCCCCCGCUCCGUGAGGGGCCGCGCGCAGCGAAAGGGGCUUCGGGCUGUGCUGCGGCAGUGGCAGGGCUUGUCGCGUCCUGCUCCAGCCCCUUACCCGCAGUUUGUCCCCGUCCCUCAGGCUUAUUACAGUCUCUUUGGCUUGUCCCAGCCCCUUUGCCAGGGCUUGUCACUUCCCACCCCAGUCCCUGCUUGUCGCCUCCUGCGGUCCCUCUCUGUGUCUCGGUGUCCCGAGGUUCGGCGGCCUUGGAGCCCCUGGGAAGGGUUUGGGAAUGUUUGUGCUGUGUCCGGGCCCUGGGGCUGCUGCUCCUCCCCCAGCUGCGGGGGCUCGGCCGCCCUUCGUUCCCUGUCCCCCCUUGGCACAUUGGCCGUGGUUGUUUCUGAUUGUAUGCAACUGGCUUGAGUGAAAAUAUAUUGGUAUUAACCUGACAGAUCCUAUGUUCAGAGGAAUCUACAGGGGAACACAGAAACAUCAAGAUGACCUUCUGGAUGUAAUAGAGAGAGCAGUGAAAGUCGGCAUUAAAAAGUUUUUGAUUACAGGUGGGAGUCUAGAAGACAGUAAAGAUGCGUUGCAGCUGGCACAGACAAAUGACAUGUUUUUCAGUACAGUCGGCUGUCAUCCUACUCGCUGUGGAGAAUUUGAGCAGAGUAGCCCUGAACAGUAUUUAUCUGAAUUAAGAAAUCUGAUCGAAAAAAAUAGGACAAAGGUAAUAGCAGUUGGAGAAUGUGGCUUAGAUUUCGAUAGAUUAGAGUUUUGCCCAAAGGACAUCCAACUCAAGUAUUUUGAAAAACAAUUUGACUUGUCAGAACAGAUGCAGCUGCCCAUGUUUCUGCACUGUAGAAACUCACAUGCUGAAUUUUUAGACAUAAUGAGAAGAAACAGAGAUAGAGUUGUAGGAGGGGUGGUGCAUUCUUUUGAUGGCACGAAGGAACAAGCAGCAGCUCUAAUAGAUUUGGAUCUUUAUAUCGGAAUAAAUGGCUGUUCACUGAAAACAGAAGCCAACUUGGAAACACUGAAAUCAAUUCCUAGUGAACGAUUAAUGAUAGAGACUGAUGCACCUUGGUGUGGAGUGAAAAAUACUCACGCUGGAUCAAAAUACAUUAAAACUACAUUUCCUACAAAAAAGAAAUGGGAAAAAGGGCACUGCUUGAAGGACAGAAAUGAACCCUGCCAUAUCAUUCAAAUACUGGAAAUAAUGGCGGCAGUAAGAGAAGAUGACCCACUUGAGUUGGCCAAUACUCUAUAUAACAACACCAUUAAAGUCUUCUUUCCAAAUAUGUGAAGUUGUUUUUCUUACAUUUAUUCAGCAUAACUUCAGUAAAGAUACUGCAAAAAUUUAAAAAUCAUCAUUCCUGCAAGUUCUAAUCAGUGGAAGCCAAUGUGUAGUGGGUUUGGGGUUUUUUAUGGUACAAGAUUAAAGCUGCUUUUGAAAAGGUGGUCUGCAUUUGUGCAGUUUCUCAGCCCUGUUCCCCUUUCAUCAAGAUUCGGGAUCAACUGCAAGGCCAGGCCCUGCCUGUAACUCCAGUUAGCAGUGGAGGCACAGGCUGAGCACCAGGCUGCUGCAUUCACACGUAAAGCACUUGAAGCUACUGCUGGCAGUUCAGGAGGGUCGGACACGUCCACGGCAUGCGCUUUGCUGCUUCCCCAGAAAGCUGAGCAGUGUCGCCUUUUGUUCCACAUAUGCAAAUGCUAUAGCAUUAAGUCUACCAACCUAAUUUUUUUUUUU